UAUCACGAUCCAUAUUUGUGAAGGCUUGGGCAAUGAUUUACCUUUAAGGAACCCCUUCAUUACCUGUCUUCAAUUGAGAAAUAGCAUAGAAAGGAAUAUACGAUUAAAAUAAUACUGUACCAUUUGCGCAAUACUUCAUUGGUCCACACAUUCUGGUCUUGUCUAAUAUUGGGAAGUUUCGGCAGUGCUAGUUGCCAUACCCGGAAUGAAGACGACUGAGUGUUCUUGACAAAAGUAAGGAUAAACAUUGUCAUGUUGAAGAAAUACGUAAUUAUAGCGAUCCAUUUUGAAAUUGUAUGUAUUAACAUAUGCCUCGCUAUGAUAAAGGGUUAGCUGAGGAAAUUAUGCUCUGUUCCUGACUCAGCACAUAUCAGGCUAAAGACAAGGACUGGACAGUUAUGGCAAGCAGUAGAUUGGAGAAAGUUGGCACCAUAUAUUCAAGGGUCAGAGGUCUACUCAGAUCUGGUGCUUUGAAGGAAGAAGAUAAACCCAUUUGGUAUGAUGUGUAUACAGCAUUUCCUCCAAAGUAUGAACCAAAAUAUGACCGACCAGCACCAGAUGUUCCAUUAAGAAACAUAUUUUAUCCUGAAGAUACUAUCAGGGCGAAGUUCCAGAAAGAGCAUAGGUCUUUACCAGCUGUUAACUUAUCUGAUCAACAGAUACAGACCCAAACACAGAAAUUUAUCUCUGCAUACAAUAAAUUAAGAGAAGAAGGUAAAGUGCCUGAAGAAAAUUUGUAUCAGGCUGCAGAUGAUGUGAUGAAUGCUCCAGUAUACAGUGCAGCAGAUGCACCUAAAGCAGGAUCAUCUUUCCAAGAGGCUGGAAGGGACACAGAAUUAAAAUGGCACUUUAAUAAAGGUGAAUUAGAGCUGUAUGUUAUGAGUCAACAUUCAGAGCAGUUGAUCCUGUUCACAGCAUUCCCCAGUACAAACAUUACUACCAGAUUUAAAAACAUGUUGAAGAAGCCACUGCACGAAAAGUGUUUUCAGGAUUAUCUUUGCUGCCUUCACAGCUCUAAAUUGGCAGGAAACCUGUGCCAAUACAUGAUAUUAGUGUGCUGUUCUCUCUCCUGUGCAGAGAUGUGGGCACAAAACACAAUCCAGUGAUAGUUGUCAUGCUGGUAUGCGUUCAGUCUGUUGGAAGGAUGUGAUCAUGGUGUUACUGACUGUGGAGAGUUUCACAUAGAUACUGUAACGUGGCAAAGACAUCCAUAUGGUCACAGGAAUCAUGAGAACCCCAAUGUGCAUGCAUUUGUAUUGUGGAGGUUACCUGCAAUAAGUUGGUGCAGGCAGUUUACCACAUAAGUGACAGCUGCAAGCCAGCUGUGUUGUCUUGUAGGCUUCAGCUGUCACUACUCUUUGACAGUAGUGAGUACAAUUAUAAGGUGAAGGUGAAGUCCCUGUGGUUAACCAAUUGAGCACUGUGCCUUGAAGGCAUAUUGAGGAGUGGAUAUAUAGAUCUCAGAGCUAAUUAGAGGCGAGUGGUCAGCUUUAUGCCCCAGCUGCUUAAUCCCUGGUACCCAUUGGAUGGCAGGAUGGGUGCAGCACAGCCAGUUUGGACACUGGAGAAGAGAAAAUACUUGACCCUACUGGGACUUACAUAACUGUCCUCUCGCUUGUUAUGCCAACAUGCCAGAAUACUGAGUACAGAAUGGGGAAAAAGGUAAAGUUGUCACUGUGAGUAACUAAUUAAGCACUAUGUCAUGAAGGCUUAUAUGGGAGUGGAUGUAUAGAUCCACAUUUUCUUAACCUUGGCACUAGUUGGAGGUGAGUGGUCAGUUUCGCGCCUCAGCCACUUAACCCCCCAGGUAAAAGACCCAGGUACCAAUCAGAUAGGAGGUUGGCUGGACUCCAGAGUCGGUCUGGAUGACGUGGAGUAGAGAAGUGAACAAAGGUCGCAAGUUACCAUACUUCAUCCACCAUUUUGAAAAUUUUGGAUAAAGAACUGAACUUUUGACUUGAUUUAUGACUAUUUAAGAAAAGAAAAAGGAGAAACUCUUGUGUCUAACAUGCUGCAUCAUCAAGCAUAACUGGUGGCUUGUUUGUCAGGGCAUCAUAAAGGGAGAAUGAACAUGAAGCCUAAUAAUGACUGUUUCUGAGUACAUCCGAACUAAAAUGUGAGAGAGCUGAGUGGGGUAUCACAGGAAUGGUAUGGAAUGUGACAUCUGUUCAAGUACUUUGCAGUCAUGGGCUAAUGAAUAUGGACAUUUGAUGGUGUCUGCAAGACAAAGAGGAUAAGGUACAAUUUGACCUUCCAGCCUUAAUAUUUAAUUUAUAAAUAGUGAUCUUAAGAAAACUGGAAAAUAUGAAUAGAGCUGUAUGUUUCUGCAUGAAUAUAGUUUUUAUAUUUCUGGACCCUACUCUGGGUUUUCUGUGUGUGUCGCAUCAAAGAAAUAUACGUGUAUUGUUCCAGACUAGGAGGACACGACUGACCUCUCUAGUACUAAUUGUCAUGAAGUUAACCCUCAUGUGUUAAGUAAAGAAUCAGAUGAUCUGAAUAACAAAUCAAAAUUAUAUUCAAUACAAAAUUAAGGACAGAUUAAAUUUUGGGAUUGUUUGCUGCCAUUCAGUUCAGAAUUGUUUGCAUUCCUAUAAUCUAUCCAGAGUAUAAAGGCUGAAAUAUACACAAGUAUCAUUUUACCUCCUUUUUAUGUGUUUCUUUGACACACAGAGAUGAAGCUGUUUCAGAACAGGGUACUGAUGUGAAUUUGUAAAUGCAAGUCAGAAACUGUGGAAAAUUACAUUAUGAGGAACUUUAUAAAAUGUUGCUGUUUGUCCACUAUUGUUAGAAUGCUCAAAUGAAAGGGAAUGAGAUGAACAGGGUAUGUAGCAUGCCUGAGGAGAUUGGAGAUGUUUGUCAGAGGAUAAUGUUGAACUGGAGAAAUAUGAUUUUGGCUGAACUCAAGUGGCUGGGUAUGGAGUCCAUUCAUUGAGAGGAGCAGCAGUUCCUGUUCAACCAUGUGAUGUUCACUUAAACACAAUAUGUGAGGGUUUAUGUUGACUAUUUCAAAAGAGUGUAGUAAUUCAUGACUUUUGCUUCUCAAGCCUCUGAUAUUUUGUCUGUGAAUUUCCAAGACUGCUGGAUUACAUUUAGUAUAUGUUAGGCAUCUUGCUGCUUUUUGAUUUAAUGUAAGAAAGGAGACACCCUAGCAUUGGUUAUAACAGGAAUACUGCUUAUACAUAGACAUGCCAGUGAGCUCUGUGCACCAACAUGCAGACAGAUGAGGUGAAGUUACAAAAAUUAAAACAUUUUUGUAUUUUUUUCCAUUUUGUUUUGUUUUGUUUUGAUAGAACUGUCUUAAGAACUAGUGGAACAUUAUAUAUUAUUCUUGGCAGUAUACGAAUAUGUUCUGUCAGUUUCCACCAAAGUAAAUAAUAAAAAUUAAAAAAACUAAUAAUGAAGCAUGUGCUAUGCGGAAAUUAAGAGUAGUUCGCUCCCCCUCCCCGAUAUUCUUCAUUCAUGGUCACUCUGUCCUUCACUACAGCCCAUCUGACCUCUUGUGGCAUAUAUUACAACUUCAGUAUAACUAGAAUUUAUGAAAUUCAUAAAAGUGAUCAUUCAAAUCGGUGCUUGCAGUAUCUGUUAAAAGUGGUUGAAAACAUGAAUUUAGAAGCUGCCUCUAAAUUUCUAAUUAUGCGUAUCACAGUGUGGCACUAAAGCAAGUGGUAGCAUAGUUGGUUGAGACAUUAUGCUACAAGGCAGGUUGCGGAAUCAGUUCAUAAUGAGGUCGCUGGAUUUUUCAAUUGACCUAAUCCUUCCAGCAGCACUAUGGCCUUGGGGUCAGCUCACCCUCUAACAGAAAUGAGUACCAGGAAUCUUUCUGGGGGUAAUGGUGUCCAGUGAGUAAGCCUGACCAACCUCACUGCCAUCUAUGAGCCAAUUGUCUAGAAAAUAUGGGAGCCUUGCUGUCUCACAAUCCUAUGCGUCUUCACGGCCUGUUACAGGGAUAGCUUAUAAAAAUAAUGAAGACUUGUUCAGUAUUCUUAACAUCUCAGGAGUCUGACACAUAAUCUUAUGUAUUUGCAGCAAGGCCUUAUCAGAAACCAUCCCUUAAAAGUUUAAGUUCAGUCCACGCUUUGCAUUGUCCAUGAUGCAUAAAGUUGAACCGAGUUUUACAAUAAUUGGCCUGUUUUAAACACUGCAGAAUUUCCACAUACUUUAU